AUGGACGUUCCUGAGCCUGAACAGACUCCGUUCACGGCGGUCACCGCGCAAACUUCGAAGCUCGCCAGGCAAUACCAAACGUACCUUGACGCCUCGACCCCGUUCACGGCUUACCGUUGGAUCGGCACCGUUGUUCUGCUCCUCGUCUUCUUCCUGAGGAUUAUCCUGGCUCAGGGAUGGUACAUCGUCGCCUACACUCUUGGCAUCUACCUCCUGAACCUCUUCCUCCUCUUCCUGCAGCCCAAGUUCGACCCCUCCCUCACGCAAGAUGAGGGCCUGGAGGAUGGCGACGCCGCCGCCAGCCUGCCCACCAAGCAAGAUGACGAGUUCCGUCCGUUCAUCCGCCGUCUGCCGGAGUUCAAGUUCUGGCACUCCGCCACCCGCGCCAUUGCCAUUGCCUUUGUCUGCAGCUGGCUCAGUGUCUUCGACAUCCCCGUGUUCUGGCCCGUCCUGGUGGUCUACUGGGUACUUCUGUUCUGCCUGACGAUGCGACGACAGAUCCAGCAUAUGAUCAAGUAUCGCUAUGUGCCUUUCUCCUUCGGAAAGACCAGAUACGGCCGCUCAUAA